GUGACCCGAAAGCGCUUACUUAUUCGUGCGUACUUUACAACGGAGUCAUUCUAACCCCCUCACAGGAGCAUUUUCUUAACUACGUUUCACGCUUUUAUCAAUUUAGGAGUCGCAGCGAGAAGACACCGUCUUUAAUUUCACAGUGAAACAUGACCUCGAUUCGGUUAAAUCUGCCAACGUUAUUGAAUUGUCUCUUAAUCUGCGUCACCUUGCUGUUGAAUAACCGCUGCUGUGUCGUUGCCAAGUGGUAUCACAGACCCAACGUUGUUUUGAUCCUCACCGAUGACCUGGACGUCGUUAUUGGGGGCAUGACCCCACUGAACAAGACCAAGAAACUGAUUGGUGAAGCAGGGAUCACCUUUACCAACGCUUUUGUAGCCAGCCCACUGUGCUGUCCCAGCAGAGCCAGCAUCCUAACAGGAAAGUAUCCUCAUAACCACCAUGUGAUCAACAACACUCUGGAGGGGAACUGCAGCAGCACGGCCUGGCAGAAGACCCAGGAGCCCAAGACCUUCCCUGCUCUACUGCAGGCCUAUGCUGGCUACCAGACCUUCUUCGCUGGGAAGUACCUCAACCAGUAUGGGAACCCAGAUGCAGGAGGAGUGGAGCACGUUCCUCUGGGAUGGGACUACUGGGUCGGACUGGAGAGGAACUCUAGGUACUACAACUACACACUGUCUGUGAAUGGGAAGCCUAAGAAGCAUGGAGGGAACUACAGUGAAGACUACCUGACAGACGUACUGACCAACAUGUCUCUAGACUUCCUCCAGUAUAAGUCUAACUACCGUCCGUUUUUCAUGAUGGUUUCGACCCCCGCCCCCCACGCCCCCUGGACCCCCGCCCCGCAGUACCAGGACCGCUUCAAGGACCUCAAGGCCCCUCGAGACCCCAACUUCAACGUCCAUGGGAAGGACAAGCACUGGCUGAUCAGACAGGCCAAGACUCCCAUGACCAACUCCUCUAUCGAGUUGCUGGACGAGGCCUACAGGAAACGGUGGCGUACUCUGCUGUCAGUGGAUGACUUGGUGGAGAAGGUGGUGAAGAGGUUAGAGGUCAGAGGGGAACUGGACAACACUUACAUCAUCUUUACCUCAGACAACGGAUACCACACAGGUCAGUUCUCUCUCCCCCUGGAUAAGAGGCAGCUGUAUGAGUCUGAUAUAAGAGUUCCUCUGCUGAUCCGAGGGCCCAACAUCAAGCCUAACCAGACCACCGGGCUGGCGGUCCAGAACGUUGACCUGGGUCCUACCAUCCUGGACAUGGCCGGUUACAACGUCAGCAAGACUACCAUGGAUGGCAUGUCCUUCCUGUCUGUACUGGAGGGAUCUGUGAACAGCACUACGUGGAGAACAGACUUCCUGGUGGAGUAUGAAGGGGAGGGGUCUAAUGUGUCUGAUCCCGCCUGCCCCCUGCUGGGUCCUGGGGUCUCCGUAUGUUUCCCUGACUGUGUGUGUGAGGACUCCUUCAACAACACGUACGCCUGCGUUCGUACCGUCGCCCCCUCUGCCAACCUCCAGUACUGCGAGUUUGAUGACAACGAGGUGUUUGUGGAGGUAUAUAACAUUACAGUUGACCCCUACCAGCUCAUUAACCUGGCUAAGACCAUCGACCAGGAAGUCCUGGAGAAGAUGAACCACAGACUGAUGAUGCUCCAGUCCUGUUCUGGACAGUCCUGUAGGACCCCUGGGGUCUACGAUGCACGAUAUACGUUUGACCCUCACCUGAUGUUCAGCAACAGGAGCCACCGGCGCAACAGGCUGAGACGGGCCUGAAAUGAGAAGAGCAGGAGGAGAGGAGGGCUGUCUGAGCCCGUGCUGCUGUUCCCUAGUGUCUGAGACCUCAGCCCUGUAGGGGUUGGAGGGGGACCUUCUGUAAACUCCACACUACAGCACUUUUAACAGUCUGUACACAACACCCUGUGUUUGGACACAGUAUCACCCAUUGAUUGGUUAUUUUAAGACAUUGUUUGACUGAUUUUAAUUUUACAUGUUGUGUUUGUUAAUUACGUGAGGAAAAUCAAUUACCUCAAAUCAGCUGUUUUUCAAAUAAUUAACAAGUCUUGACCUGCUACAGUAGGACUAGAAACCAUACCUAUUGUUCCUCUUUCUCCCAGUAGGACUAGAAACCAUUCUGGUUGUUCCUCUUUCUCCCAGUAGGACUAGAAACCAUACCUAUUGUUCCUCUUUCUCCCAGUAGGACUAGAAACCAUACCUAUUGUUCCUCUUUCUCCCAGUAGGACUAGAAACCAUUUUGGUUGUUCCUCUUUCUCCCAGUAGGACUAGAAACCAUUCUGGUUGUUCCUCUUUCUCCCAGUAGGACUAGAAACCAUUUCGGUUGUUCCUCUUUCUCCCAGUAGGACUAGAAACCAUUUCGGUUGUUCCUCUUUCUUCCAGUAGGACUAGAAACCAUUCUGGUUGUUCCUCUUUCUCUCAGUAGGACUAGAAACCAUUUCGGUUGUUCCUCUUUCUCCCAGUAGGACUAGAAACCAUUUCGGUUGUUCCUCUUUCUUCCAGUAGGACUAGAAACCAUUCUGGUUGUUCCUCUUUCUAUCAGUAGGACUAGAAACCAUUUCGGUUGUUCCUCUUUCUCCCAGUAGGACUAGAAACCAUUCUGGUUGUUCCUCUUUCUCCCAGUAGGACUAGAAACCAUACCUGUUGUUCCUCUUUCUCCCAGUAGGACUAGAAACCAUUCUGGUUGUUCCUCUUUCUUC